CCCAUAAGCUCAGGCAGACGUUAGCUCCAGAUAGUGAAACCGCACUACUUCCUGAUACAGUGAAGCUGACCUGAAGCAGAUACAUCACAAUGUUCUGUAACAAAGGGGCAACUAGAUGGGACUACUGGCUGAGGUGCUAUUUGUUAAAAGUUAUCUUCAUUCUAUGGAUAUGUCCAACCAAUGGAAUAGAUAUUCAGAUUAUCCCAUCAUCUCCAACCAUUGGACAGACUGCCUUGUUUAAUAUUAAUGGAAUUGAUCAAAGAAUAUUGAGCAUCGAUUGGUAUAAAGGGUUAAACCCAAGUGCUUCUAACCAAAUUUUUAACAUGUUUCCCCCAAACCAGGAAAUAAACCAAGGUAGAGCUUACUUCAAAAAUGCCACUGGGUUUAUAAAUGGCUCUUUGAAAAUCUCUGACCUUAGAAAGGAAUUUGAAGGGAAUUAUACAGUGCAGUUACAGAUGAACCCUCCACAACAAGCUUCAGUGCAAUUGACUGUAACUGUUCCUUCUUCCCCUCCUGAUAGUCCUAAUCACCUUGGUGGUGGAGAAAUUGCUGGAAUUGUUAUUGCAGCACUUUGUGGAACAGCACUGCUUGGCUUUCUAGGUGUCAUGGGAUUCAAAAAGUUUAAAAAAGAUGAUAUAAUAUAACAAGAAGAGGACCAUACAUUGCUCUUCAGUGUUAUCAUUUGAUGUAAUAUGGUCCCAACUCCAGUUGCCAAAGUUAUUUGUUGUUUGGAUCAACUGGGUAUUUUGCAUAUCAACAGCGGUUUGGAUCAACUGGGUAUUCUGGAUCAACUGUGUAUUCUGCAUAUCAACCCCUUAUGAAGCAAGUACUUUGAAAUCUUAGUGCCUCUUGAUAUUUUAUGUUGUUGUUUAUUUUUUCCAAAGACUUUGAUAAUCCAAUUUUGUGUAUAAUAUAUUGUAUCUAAAUCCUUAAGACUACAACUACUCAAAACUUGAUGUGCAACCUAAAAGAAGCACAGGUGUGUCCUAAAUUCAAGGCAGUGUUUAUUCACAAUCUCAAAAGACCAUUAACAUUGCACUUACUCUGUAGUUAAAAGGACAUGCAAAGAUAAUUCCACUGGACUUCCAGUAUCCCGGGCUCAACCGCAUGUGUAUCUUCCCUGCUGUUUCCAGGAGACACUACGGGCAAUCUAGUAACACAAUUUACAGUGAUAGCUUUCUCAGUCAUCACUUCCCCUUAAUGAGGCCCAUUUAUCAAGCUCUGUAUGGAGCUUGUGGGCCUGUGUAAUCACCAGAAACAGCAGUUAUGAAGCAGCGGUCUAAAGACCACUGCUCCGGCGGACAGACAUCGCCACAAUUCAACCCGAUCGAGUACGAUUGGGUUGAUUGACACCUCCCUGCUGGCGGCCGCGAGUCUGCAGGGGGUGGCCUUGCACCAGCAACUCGUGAGCUGCUGGUGCAAUGCUGAAUACGGAGAGCGUAUUGCUGUCCACAUUCCGCGAAGUCUUGCGGACCUGAUCCGAACUGUCGGAUCAGGUCCGCAAGACCUUUGAUAAAUAGGCCUCAAUAUCUUCAAUAUCUUAAUAUUGGCCACAGUGUCUCCAGACAGUUGAGCAUGGGGACUGGAAGUCCAGUGGAAGUAUUUUUUACAUGUCUAUUUUAUUAUCUAGUAUGUGCAAUUGUAUUGGUCUUUUUCAAUUGGGAAUAAAAAUAACCUUGAAUUUGGCUGCACUUGUGCUUCUUUUAGAUCUGGUUGUUUUCAUGUUAGUAAAUUUAAGCAACUGAUCUCAGUGAAGAUAGAGGCUUCCGUGGUUUAUACAAGGGGGAGCAUUUACAGCAUUGAGACGAUGGGGCCUAUUUAUCAAUCUCCGAACGGAGCUUGACGGCCUGUGUUUCUGGCAAGUCUUCAGACUCGCCAGAAACACAAGUUAUGGAGCAGCGGUCACAAAGACUUGUGAGCUGCUGGUGCAAUGCUGAAUACGGAUCAGAUCCGCAAGACAUUUGUUAAAUCGGCCUCAUAAUAUCUGCAUUGGAUUAACAUUUCUUAAGAAUAUAUGCUUUUUCCACCGGACAUUUGUAUGCACUGAUAAAGUUUGUAUUCAGACUAACUGAAAUAUAUAUGCAUUAAAAUAUACAAUAUUCGA